AUCUACGUCAAUAUGUAAUAGUCUGUAAGCGAUUGAGAGUCUCAUACCACGAAGCGUUCACCAACUGACAUCAAGGAGAACGUCAAGCAUCAACCUCCGAUUGUCUGUUCAUAACCUGAUACAUAUAUUUCACAUAUGAUGGCAAGCGAACUGGAAAAUCGACAGAACAGUGUCCCUGAACUGAUAACCCGUUUGCAAAACAGUGUGACUCCAGAUGGAGUCACCCGUGCACAUGCAGUGUCUAAAUCAAGCUUUGUCAAGCCACUAAAGGAGAUGUUUGAAAGACCAAAUGAUGCCAUAGAAGGCCAGAUCAACAUAACAGGCUUAAAAAGGGGAUAUGUAAAGAAUUCAAGUGUAUUUGGCAAGGUGAAAGGGGGACUACGAAACAAACAGACCGUGGUUGGAAGCGAUAUAUGUAUCCUUGGCCAAAAUGAUCAUCCUGAUGGCUGUGAUAGCAGGGGUGAAGAUCGGCACCCGAAACAGAUCACAGGAGUUGAAGACGGUGUUGUCGUGGACUCCACUGUAGCUGGCGUAGUAGAAGGUGGCGUGGAAAAUGAACAGACCAUCAAAGAUUCAAAAAUAAUUUCUGAUGGAAGCUGUACAGAAGAGCUAAACUUUUUUGACCUCAGGAUAAAAAAGAGAGAUCCCACUACAGAGCCAGAUGGGGGAUCAUAUGAUAAUUGCAUUAUUGAUUUACGAAAGGAUAAAGACCGCCAAGAUAAAGGUGAAAAAAGUGAACGGGAGCAAUUGGCACAAAACGUGAAGAGACUUCAGGAAAGUCUGCAAGACAUUCAAGAAAGAUUGAUGAUCCUUGGAGGACAAAAAGAGGAACAGGGGCAAUUGGCACAAAACGUGAAGAAGCUACAGGAAAGUCGGCAAGACAUGCAAGACAGAUUGAUGAUCCUUGCAGAUGAAAGUGCAAAACAGGCAAGAGAGACACAAAGGCAGGACAAGAAAUUUCAGCAAGUCAUCUACAUCAGAGAGGAAGAGAUGAAAAAUGAUAAAAGUGAACUGACGCAAUCAAUAGAACAACUGGAGAAGAAGUUUCAGGACAGUCAAGAAGACAUAAAGAACAAACUCGCAAUCCUCGAAGAAAGAAUGAGAGAACUGGAAAAGAGGGACAGGGGUCGACAAAACGAAAGGGAUGUCUCAAGUGGAAACCAUGUUAGGAUGUCUUCGGAUGAAGCUGCAGCUCUUGUCUCACUUGCAGCGCCAGCUGCUGUUGUUAUUGCACCAGUUGCUGUUGCUGCUGCACCACUUGUUAUGCAUGUGGCGGCCGUGGCAAGCGCCCCUAACCGCGAGUCAGCCAGCUGGGACACUCCUGUGAGACUCUGCGGUAUGGUUCAAGCAGUAGGCGGAUGA